UCCCUUGCGUGCCGUACGUGCCCGGAAAUAGCCGGAGCCGCCACGCGGAGAGCGCGUUAGUAGAGAAGCGAGUGGGACUUGAAAGAAACAGAGGAGGGAGGGAAAAGACUUUGCCAAGGGGUACGGGAGCCUCUAAGGGUCAAAGUUUAUUGUUUUAAACCGCGUUGGCGAACUUUGUUCCCGGGUCUGGCAAGAUGCCCGGAGUUGCUGCUCCUAGGAGCCAGGAACGGACUCGCGACAGCACCAUGGAUCCGCAGCUUGCUGAUGACUACGCAAAGGAAAGAUAUGGCGUAUUGCCGCUGAUACAGUCUCAGGAGAAACCAGAUCGAGUUCUGGUUCAAAUAAAGGACUUGACAGGAGUGAAGGCUGAUGAAGUUGUUUGGGUACGUGGCAGGAUUCAUACCAGUAGAGCAAAAGGAAAACAGUGUUUCUUAGUUCUACGUCAGCAGCAGUUCAAUGUCCAGGCUCUGGUGGCUGUGGGGGACCAUGCAAGUAAGCAGAUGGUAAAGUUUGCUGCCAAUAUUAACAAAGAGAGCAUUGUUGACAUUGAAGGUGUUGUGAGGAAAGUGCCACAGAAAAUUGGAGGCUGCACUCAGCAAGAUGUCGAGCUGCACGUUCAAAAGAUCUAUGUUAUCAGUUUGGCUGAACCGCGACUGCCCUUGCAGCUGGAUGAUGCUGUUCGCCCGGAAGUGGAAGGAGAUGAGGAAGGAAGAGCAACCGUAAACCAGGAUACGAGAUUGGACAACAGAGUGAUAGAUUUGAGGCUGACUGGAUUGAAUUUAAUUUUUACAGGACUGGAAAGAGUCACCAUGCUGUAUCUUGGCUUGCACAAUGUCCGGCAAACAUCCAUGUUCCCGCGUGACCCCAAACGUCUAACGCCUUGAGAAUGAGAGGUCUGAAGAAGUCUUUCUCCCUGCUCUCAAUGACCUUAUACCCAGCAUAAUGGAAAGUUGUCUAAUCAACUAAAGUGCCACAAUGACAAAUGUUGAACUCAUUUAUUACUAACAUCUCAAAGUCAAGUAUUUUAACAGACCUGGAUUCUGUUGUAGAAAAUAUCAGCUUUUUAAUGAGAACAUACGUGAGGAAGUUGAGAAUAUCAUGUUGUACUUUAGGAUGUUUCUGAACACUUGAAUUUUAGUAAUAUUCCUAGUUGUGUAAUAAGGAUGCUUGUUCUAUUUUUUAACACAAUAACAAACUAUAGAUCUCAUGCAAGAGACUUGGAAAGUAGCAGGUUACACAAGGAUUAUUUUGAGAAGCAGCUGAGAAAUGAUGGACAGUCUGAAUUUACUAAACUGUAAACACAGGUUGCAAUAAAUCUUCUACAUAUA